UAAAGUAAACAAAAUGAGAAAUACUUCUUUAUUCCGGGUUGACAUUUCUCGUUAUCAAUUCCACUUUUAUAUUGGUUUUCUAAUUAGAGUUGCAGUUGGUCGCAUGUUUGAUGUCAGUCGUCAACGUUUUCUCGGGCUACCUUGAGAUUAGAAACUAUUCUUCCUGAUUACAAUCGUUUAAAAGGAGACACUUCACUCAACGGAAUCAAUAUGCCGAAAUCAUCACGUCCGCCUCGCUAUUUAGUUAAUAUUUAUUACUCGAACUGUCAAGGUAAAGCCACGAGGAAUUCCGCAUGAAUGUAAACAUGGCUGAGGUGCAGAGCGUACGUGCCAGACCGAACAUCUCCAUGGCGUGUCAGUUAUGCAGCUCUUCUGAGAGGCUCAUGGUGUGCUCAGGGUGCAGAAGGACUUGGUAUUGUUCCAAAGAGCAUCAGAAAUUAGACUGGAAGUAUCACAAGAAAAACUGCAAGCACAUGGGAGAAGGGGAGUGUGAAACUAAACACAAGCAUGGCAUCACGUUGACUUCGUCGUCUCUGGAAAUUCCGCGCUAUAAAGGCAAUGACACCACAGAAAAGAUGUCAGCCGAGGCUAUGACACAUAAUAUGAAUAAGAUGAGCCAAAGUUUACAUGAUGAUCUGAAACUGACUGAUGAUAAACCUUCAAAGAAGAAAAUAUCGGAGGAGUUUUAUAAGAUCCAAUCCAUCAGUUCAGAACGUAAUGUUCUGACAGAUGAAGGAAGUUCAGAGUCAUACAUUCUUCAUUCUGCAGAAUCCGCAUUAAAUCAACCGGUGUACAACAGACCCACUUCCCAGAUAUCCUCCCACAGUCAAGAUCUACGCUACACUUCCACUGUCUGUUCGUACGAAGACGAGCCUGUCGACAACAUGCAUGCAUAUCUCAGUGUUUUAGAGUCUCGGAAUGAAAUGUUAGGAGAGUACGUAGUGAAGUGUCUCCAGACUUACGGAAUCUGUGUCAUUGACAAUUUUCUAGGAGAGACGAAAGGGCUGUCGAUUCUGGCAGAAGUGAAGGAACUUCACGAUAAAGACAAAAUGACGAGCGGAGAGCUCAUUAAUCGCAGUCAGAGAUCUAACACACAGAGGAUUCGAGAUGACAUGAUCACGUGGGUAGAUGGACGUGAAAUAGACUGCUCAAACAUUCAGUUUCUGAUUUCAUCCAUGGAUGCAGUGAUUUUAAAAUGCACUCGGAAACUGACUAAGUGUACCAUUAAUGGUCGAACAAAGGCGAUGGUAGCAUGCUACCCUGGCCCCUCCUCCGGAUAUCUCCGCCACGUGGAUAAUCCAAACAAGGACGGGCGUGCUAUUACGUGUAUCUAUUACCUCAACAAAGACUGGGAUUCCAAGACAGAUGGAGGAACCUUGCACAUUUAUCCUGAGCAUGAGAGUCGUAUUGCCAGCAUUGAGCCAACAUUUGAUCGACUUCUCUUCUUCUGGUCAGAUAGACGAAAUCCUCAUGAAGUUAUGCCAACAAACAAAACAAGAUAUGCCAUCACGGUAUGGUAUUACGAUGCUGUCGAGAGGAAACAGGCCGUGGAGAAAUUCACAGAGGGUCAGAAGCAUGCCAAAUCAAAGUAACUUGGUGUAGAGGAUCUCAGUAGAAAUUUCCAGUGCCACGCAACAUGUCAGAUGCUAAUUUUAUGUUGUGUAUUGGCUUGUGUGUUUAUGAGGCUUGAAAACUGAGUUCUUAUAACGAUGACAUAUAAAUGUUUUUGAUUGAAUGUCCAUGUGCUAUGCCUAGAAGUACUAAAUAUUCCAGUGAGGCUGUGAAUUUGUGGUGUAAGUGAACAUAUGAGAGUGUCAAUUCACAUCUUCAGACCUAACAAUAUAUUGCAUGAGUGUUGAGGGCACCUGUUUCAAUGACAUUUUCAUCUUAGCAGCUGUUAGCCAAGAAAGUUGUGUUAUAUAUAUUUACAGUGUAGUGAUGUCAUGUAAUUACUGAACACUGAGCGACAUUCAUUUACUGCGACAUUCAUUUACUUCGGGCACGGUCUCUGUUGUUUAUGGUCUGCUAAAGUUUUGGAUAAAAUGUGCCAACACAAACAUUAUAUAUUAUGUGCACAGUUAGCAUGACUAGAGUGAUUUGAGAAACUGGAGGGCCCAGAUUUCUUCUGUACUCAACUGACCUGUCAGUAUUGUUUCGAUUUCUGUGUCAAGGCCAAGCAAGUGUUCCAACAUGGUGGACAGAUGUCUCACUUGCAGGGAGUCACAUCUGAUCCAAGUAUUCAAAAGAAAAACAAUGAAGCUUACAAAAAAAUUUAUUGAAAAGAUGUGUGGUGUUAUAUUGUUAAGGCCGUGUUAUUUAUGUGAACAUGUUCAAACUGUUUAUGUGUACUGGAGACAAUUCUGGUUAAAUUUAGUGAAAUCUAAACUUACUAUAGUGCAUGUUUUGGCUGAAACUGAAGGAGUUAAAAUUAUAUUGUGAAAUUGUCCAAACUAAGAGACAAGUGGAAAUAUUUACUGUUGAUUAUGAAGUGCCCAACCAAUAUAUUUAAUUAAAGCAUUUUAAAUUCAAAGUUUUUGCAAAGAAUUUAGCAGACUUUUUUUCUUCAUUUGAUGAGUACUUUUAACAUGGUUCUUACAGGUCAUGCAAACUUUCUGAAUUUACAUUUUGUUUAGGAAAGUUGGAAAAUAAGAUGGGGUGUUUUAUAUAGUCUUGGAAUGUUGGACUUUGUUGUUGAAAAGUACAUUCAUGCAUCAGUAUUUUCCGACCAAUCUUUCUUGAAAUGAAAUAGAUUUUACAUAUUUGUUUAUUAGUCAUUCAUUCUGUAUAUGUCACUGAGCCCAAGGAAUUCAUUAAUUAAAUUUGGAAUUGGGUUUGUAAAGCCAGUUAAAAGGUCUUUGAAUGUCAUUAUAUUUUGAGUUGACGAGUCUGUGUAAACCGUGUUAUACUUGUGAAAUACUUAUGUGAAUAUAUAUUCUGCAGGGUUUGUAUUUUUGUGAGAAGUUGUGACAGUUGAUGCAUAAUUGUUGUAUGUGAACAUUGUGUGAGAACAUAGUGUGUGAAUAUUGUAUGUGAACAUAGUGUGUGAAUAUUGUAUGUGAACAUAGUGUGUGAAUAUUGUAUGUGAACAUAGUGUGUGAAUAUUGUAUGUGAACAUAGUGUGUGAAUAUUGUAUGUAAACAUAGUGUGUGAAUAUUGUAUGUGAACAUAGUGUGUGAAUAUUGUAUGUGAACAUCAUAUGUGAACACAUUAUGUUAAUGUUGUGUAUGUGUACACAGUAUAUGAACAUUGUAGGUGAACUGGUGUGAGUUUGCCUUGGAAACCUCACUUUGCUAGUUCCUUGUUUUUUCUGGGUUGUAUAUAAUUUCACAUUUAUAUUAAUUCGAGUACAUGUAUAAAAUUUUCUCAUGUUCUAUGAUUUAAAAUCAGGGGUAAAUAAUGUAUUUUUUUUUAAAAACAUCCAAGAGUUGAUUUAAUGCUUCAAAUAAACUUCCUACUUUCGAUUUUUUGUUCCAAAUUUGAAUAAUAAAUUUUGAGAAGUGAAUUGAAAAAGAUACUGGUUCAGUACCACCUCCCAGUAAUGUAGAGGUUCGUGUUUGUGCUGAAUGGAUCUGAAUACAAAUGAAAAGGAGUCCUGACGACAUUGAUGUAUAUAGAACUGUCCAUCAUAUUUCAUUCCAUAUAAUAGUAACCAUGUACGUGUACCCUUUGAACAUUCCUGUGGCGCAGAAUGAAUAAAACAUUUCACAGGGGUCAGUUUAUAAAUAAUGUACCUUAAAACUUGAAUGCUCUCAUCAAAUUUUCACUCAAUUUAUUAAUGCACAUUAGUGAAUUUUAGCACACCCAAGAUGAGGGAUUGUGAAGAGGGCUAGAGUAUGUUAUUGUACAUCUGUCAGAAUUUUUAGAGUUGAAUUUUGGUUCAAAACUCUUCAUGUCCAACUUGUAAUCACAAACUACUGCCAGGGAAAUUUUUGUUCAUUGAAAAUGGGUAUUAACAUCUAGAUUAAGGUUUCAAAAAUUAUUUGACAAAAAACUAAAUACGAGAACAAGAUGGAUAGCAAGCAGUCUGGAAAUUGAAAAUUGAAAUGUAAAAGAUUUUGUUUAGAAUAUAUUUAUAUAGUGUCUCUAAAAUGCACUCCCUGGUGAAAACUAAAGUCCCCCCAAAACAAACACUGUUAGUCAAUGAACUGGUUUUAAGGCAAUUUAAUGAGUUAUUCCUUACUAGAUAAUUACUUCUGGUUGGUUAUUGCUCAAGUUUUGUAAGAUAACCUAGAUGGUUUAAUAUGCCAAUCUAGGAAUGGUGAGAUUUCUUCUAUCCUUGUGUCUCAUUGUUUCCAUGCUCACAUCUUACUGUCUUUUCCUACAUUUAUUGUUUGUGCAAGUACACAAGCAAAAAGACUAUUAACAAGUUCAUUACUAACUAGCAUGCAAGACUUCAGUCGGAGUCAUUUAAUCUUUCAAAGGACAUCAAUUUUGUUUCCUGUGCAUAAAAGAUUUAGAAAUAGUUGCACAUGUUUUGCAGAUUUAAAAUUUCAUGCAUUAACAAUAAUUUAAAAAAAAAUUCUAUGAUGGUGUUAUCCAUAUUGGGACCCCGCUGCAAAAUUCAGUAAUUUCUCUGUUUAGAGAGGAUUAGUCAAAAACAAAAUUUGUCCUUCCCUAAAUUACUUCUAUUUUUGAUCAUGAUGUUAUUGAGAAUUUUUUUACUUAUGAAUUGAAAAAGUUUUAACUUGGAAUGAAUGGGUUUUAUGUGUGUACCAAAAUGUCAAAUAUUUGUAACGUGAAGAUACGUGUAAUUAACAUAACUAAAUCUGACUGUGGUUCAAGUAUGGUGCCAAACUCUUUGAAAGAAAAUAGCAGAUUUUGGCCUGUCAACAGAAAAGUAUGGGAAAUCUACAUGUUUGUGAUGUAAUUUCAGGAUUUUAACUUGUUUUUGUAUUAUGAUAGAUCUAUAGAAAUUGCAAGAUCUGCUAUUUAAUGUAUAACUACUGUCAGAAAGAUGACUAAAAAUUGAAAAUGAACCAGAUUCAUUUUUAAACAGUAUAUACCUUAACUGAUAAUUUAGGAUGAGAUAUUGAUUAAUAAAUAGAAAGAUAUUUAUGGGAGGGGGAGGGGGAGGGGGUUAGAAUUGUCAGAAAUGUUAUUUCAAAACUGUUUUGUGUCCGUGAUAUAUUUCAAAUUUUUGAUAGAUGUUGUAAUUUGAUUUUUUUCAAAUUUACGUUAAUUUUCAGGAAUUUCUGUAUUUGAUGAUAUUGAUUGAAAUACAUUUAGUACUGCAUGAUAUGCUAUAUCAUUAAUUUCUGAAAAAUUUUCAUAUACAUGUAAUAUAUUUGUAUGUUUUAAGUGUACCUGAAUAUUUACAAGCUAUAUUUAAUUCACUUUGUGAUAAUUUACACACCUUAAAAUGUCAAUUGUACAUAUUCAGCUAGCUUUGAAAGCAAAUCCCUCAAAAUUCAAGAUGUGCGUGUAUGUCAAGAGUUGUCAUACAAGACUGUCUGGUUAAAGAGAAAGUUUAGGAUCUUCAGCCCAAGGCUCAGGUGAGCUUUUCUAAUCAAGCUUUGUGUCAUGUCAUCAGCGUCGUCAACUUUAAGAUGUUUAUCUUCUCAAGAGCCAUGUAGUCAAAUACUGCAAAGCUUCUCCGAGUAAAGGGGACUGCAUGGUUUUCUUUCAAGAUUGAAGAUGUGAUAAGAACAGAAAUCUUUUUAACAGUGAUUGGAUCAAAAAAGUCGAAACUUGUAGGGUAGGUUCCUUAUAUAUAAUCAGGACUUUAAUGUUUAUUCAAAUCAGGCCCCCAGUGGAUAAGGUGGGCCACAUUUGGGUUUGAAGUUUUACUGCAUUAUACCUAUGAACUAUAUGGUUCUUGGUAAUAUUAUACUUCGGAGAGCCAUAAUUUGUCAAAUUAAUAUGCAAGCACCCUCAUAUGGGGUAAAUAGAGCAUUGUUCAAAUGUUGACCAUCUACAGGUCUAGCAGGAUAUACAAUAAAAGUUUCAGGUUCCGUCGGAAUAUUCAUACAUGUAGGAAAAGUUGUAAGAGCCACAAGGCUAUAAUUUGUAAAAUUGAUUUUUAGAGUUUGCUGAAAACCACAACUUUCAGAGGAAAAGCUUUAAAGAUUUACAUACGAAUGUAAAUUCUUUGAAAAUUUCCUCAACAAGCACCACAAGGGUACAAUAUUUGCAAAUUGAUAAUGCAGAUGAAUUAGCUAGCACAGGUGAAGAUUCAAGUUUCUUCAAACCAUGACCCGAAGGGGGUCAGUAGGUGGAAAUAAAGGUUUUAUAGAAAUUCUGUAUUGAUUGUUUUGUUAACAAGGCUAUACUAUUUAGCAGAAUCAGUAGAUAAGUACAUGAAUUAUCAGUAUAUUUGUUCCAAAGUGAUAAGUCUUAAAAUUGUGCAUGUGCAGGGUCAUUCAGGUGAGCAUUGUGACCCAUGGGUCUCUUUUUCUGUGAGACCAAUAUGCCUUCCCAAUCCAAGAAAAUGAGUGUUACAAUUUAUAGUCUAUUGAAACAGGAAUGUACGAAGAGACAAAAUGGCUGCUAGAAAUAAUUGUUAAAUUUGUCUUGCUAUUGUCCGUUUCGUUUGGUUGCCCUCCAACCAUGUGAUUAUUGUUUAUGAUGCCAAAUUUAAUAAAGAUUGUAUUGUC